UAGGGGUAUCUGUUGUCCACGCUUGAACACGGAGAAUUCAUUCAGCAUUUUGAUUUUGCACUAAAGCACAGAUAGCAUUCACAAUGCUCAAGAUUCGUCUUCGUGUUACCAGGUGUUCUGUUCUUUCAGUUUUGUAAAUGGUGCUCAACUUUGUGAUCACCGAUCAGUGAUGACAAGAGUGAUGAUAAUGUUUUCGUUGAAAAUGUGGUAUCGUGCAGGCUACAGAUAUUAAUAAGGGGAAACCUAAAUGCGUAAAUACUUUGAGGUUUGUGCAACUGGAUUGAAAGUAAUCUCUCUAAAGGUAUUUUCUAUAGUUUUGGAAAUUUUCUAUAUCGUUCAUACGACAUAAGAAUUGGAAUGGUUAAUGUUAAUAGGACUCACUACUAUCCAUUAAUACAGUCAGCUGUUGAAGAUUUCUGUUUAAACGCCUCCAGGAAAUCGAUUUCGCGUGACCGUAAUUAAGAAUUUUGCCAGCCGCAUGUAAUACGAACUGAAUGCAUGCAUCUAUACUACUGUGUGAUCGAUAAAUAAGCCAAAAUUCAUACCGUUAAUUAAUCACGCAACAGUUUACCGGCUCAUCGCGGCGUAAACAGCAGCCGUUUUCAAAGGAAACGUUGCAUUACUACUUCCGCCAGUAUGGUCUCCUGCACAUCCCUGUGCGGCAUUCGCAGGUCAUUUGUACUUCGAAUGCAUACAUGCAUUUUUCGGCACUAUAUCGAAAUAUAACCCUCAUCCCGUUGACGUUGUUACUAAUGCCGCGAAAGGGAUGAGAUUAACGUGUACUCUAGCUCCGUGAAAGGUGUGGCUCCAUUGUGGUGUAUUACGCAGCGGAGAGGAGGCUGGAAGUCCCGGUUUGAACGUUCAGUUGUGCGCCUAUUCGCUGUACAAUAUGGAUACAGUACGUUCCCAUUAAAAUGCCGGCACUAUGCAAUGGAAUUUACAGGAUUCAUUAAACCCGCUGGCGGUGCUGUAUUGGUCAGAGUGGAAGGAUAUUAUUAUGUAGAGAAUCGCUUAUUAAGCACGAUUGCAUGGAAGUAAUAGCGCAGUAUAAGGUGUAAUUCGGCAGUCUGAAGUACUGUUAUUAGGGGCUAAUUGUCACCUCAUCCAGAGGUGUGGAAUCGGGCUAAUGUGCGCAAUUGCAAUACCCAUUUGCCAAUAACUGUGAAGCACACGCCAACAAUUCAUACAGGUUUGUGCAAUGCUAGCAAAACCGAGUGCAUGUAAUUAUUUAAACAUGUUGUGCAAUCACUAAGCUAGUGCUUACCGUCAAUUACUAAAAUUUAGCUUAUAUUCAGUAUACCAAUCUGUAUGGUCAGUUGGGCUUUAUGUAAUUUAUUUUUAUACCUACCGUACUUAUGCAAAAACCCAAAUUUGGCGCAAUGAAAGACUCAAUCAUGGAUCCAACGUUGCGACAAGUGCAGCGGUAUUUUGCGGUAGGAAUGGAAUAUUUCGACACUGCCGGUUAUUUCCAGAUCCAGUACAACCUGAAUGCCAGUUACAACAAUACCACCGUUGUGGAUAUCACGCAGGUUGUCGCCGAAUUCCCGCUCCAUUAUCGUGUAAUCGCCACGAUGGUCCAUACGAUUAUUUUUAUCCUGGGAGUUGUAGGAAACCUCGUGCUGGUAUUUGUUGCUUACAAAACAAAAGCACUACAAACGCCGACCUACAGAUUUCUGAUAUCUCUGGCGAUUGCCGAUCUGCUGGUGCUCAUAAGUGCAGUACCGGAAGCCUUAAUUUUUCAUCAUGUUGGGAAGCGCUGGGUUGCCGGUCAGAUUGCAUGCAGUCUCUUCGUCUUCACGAACUUUUUAGGGAUCAACGCCGGAAGCAUUAGUAUCUUGGCGUUUUCGGUGGAAAUGUAUGUGGCAAUCUGCCGGCCGCUCACCGCUCAAAAAUACUGCACCAUGCCGCGCACCAAUCAAAUCAUCAUGGGCAUCUGGCUGUUUGCCGUCCUGUAUUGCUGCCCUUGGCUGGGCUUAACCGAAGUCCGCACGGAUUUGCAUCUUCCCGAUCGGAAGCAGUGCGAUUUUCGCUUAUCAAAAGAACAAUAUUUUUACUACUUCGCCGCAGAUCUCUGUUUAUUCUACAUUGCCCCGCUGCUGAUUGCCGCGGUGAUCUACACACGGAUCGUCAUAGUGCUGUAUAAGAGCGUUAGGACGUAUGAGCGGGAAAGUCGCAGUAGUGUACGUGUGCAUCAUCUUCGCGAGAGUGUCGACGGAUUGGAUGAGGUGGAUCAGACCAGCUGCACGGGACCGCCGGCUGCGUACCAGUGCCCUAGAAAAUCCGUGACAACCUGCCUUUUACCCAGCACGGAUCCCGCCAACGAUGAGCUGCAGCGUGCGCAGAAUAUCCAUCGGCGAAUGCAGUCCCGAGCGCGCGUAGGUGUAACGACGCGAUACGUUCUGCGAAUGCUGAUUGUGAUUGUCAUUUUGUUCGCGAUAUGUUGGCUGCCGUAUCGCGGUUUAUUAGUGUACAACACCUUUCUGAAGAAACAUUGGCUGAAUCUGUGGUACAUGUUCUUCGCAAAAACCUUGAUUUAUUUCAACUCCGCGAUGAAUCCUUUCCUGUACAGCACCAUGAGCAAGCGUUUCCGGCGUGCGGCAUGGAUGACCUUAACCUGCCGGGUGAAUAAAUUGAACAGCGUGGAGGAUGCCAACAGCGUCCUUCAUGACGAUCCCUCGCAGCCCGUCUUUGAAAAUGAAACCGUUCCUAUGACCAACUACAAUCAGCGGGAUACCAACAACAUCCAGGAAGAAUCUACUUCUUCACCGGUGUUCAUCGAUACCCUGCAUCCAGAUAUACUGAUGCGGCGAACGCCGUCAGAUACCGCGGUAUAAAUUUGAUGUGAUGUCUAAAAUCGACACUAAUGCAUUUCUGCAGCACUGGCACAACUCGUAAAAUAAUUAUUCAUUCCAAAACUUUAUUGCGGAGUGUCCUAGACGUUUGUCCUAGACGUCAUUCAUCUGGAUUCCGGAGCACUCAUGAAUUGUGGAUGAUCAUUCAUAAUCGGUUGGCGUUAAGCGUAUUAAUCCCGGUUUUUGCAGUUGGGCAUUAAAAACUGCUCCAGUGUAAUCUGUAUACAAAUUAUUGAUACAGUAUUAACGAUUCAGUUCCUUUUCCAGUAAUAACUUCGACGUCUGGUUUUAGUUCCGGCUGUCUACAUUAGAACUGUGUGUGAGGUAUUUUUUUACGCUGACUACGGACCUGCGGUAUCCUCAACAGUGAGCGAUAACCACGAUUGUAUAUAUGCAUAAUAAUCGAUUCAGAGUGGAGUGCAUUUAUCUGAGUAUCCGCAGAAAUUUGUCGCCCUGCAUCAUCGCUAUUACCUAGUAAUACAUGCGUGGCUGCUAUUUAUCGUUAAUCAGGAAUAUUAUUCUUGUGAGAUGGAAACUUCAGAAAGCGAUAUGAUGGAGCCCACUGGUUUCCAGAAAGAUUGUUCCAUGGCACGAUAACAAUAUCAAGGUCUAUUUGCGAUUAAAAGAAACAACGUUUUCAACAGUACCAAUUAUAGAAGCAGCGUUACCCCGUUGAAUUGCCAAAGAAAUAUGCACCACCGAAAAGACCGAGAUUGUUUGCACCACCGAAAAGACUACCUUUAAGUAGCCGACCACCGUUCGACUCCCGUGGCGGAAACGAUAUCCACAGCAGUCGAAGCAUGGGAGUCAUUUGAAGAGAAAGCCGUGGCAUGGACACCUGAUAACAUAGACACUGAGAAAGUAUUUGUCAGAAAUUGCACCGAAUAACGCAACCAUUCUUGAACCCUAUUCUGUCUUGCCCUGAGUUGCGCAAGAGAAUGGAUCUCUGCACUAAAAUGAAUGAGAAUAGUAUAUUUUGGGUUUGCAUGAGAAUGGUAUAUUUUGCGUUUACAUCACCUAGUACUUGCUACACAACAUUUUUUAAGGUUUUUUACCGAGCAAACUACCGAAUAUAUGUGAUCAUGACGCAUCAUCAGUUUAACAUUUUAUGUCGCUAACGUUUGGCCAUUUGCAUUUUACAAGCACAAGUUUUGCAUAAAAUAUUAGCAGUCU